AUGAGCCAAAGGUGUAAAAAAAUUUUCAAAACAUUAAAUUUACCAGUUCCUGCUAAAGAUAAAAGUGAUUGUUUGGACAAAAAAAGUACAAAAGAAAUGAGAGCUUCAUCGGAAUCACCAUUACCGGCAGACUAUUGUGAAGAAGAAAUGGACAAAUUACGAAAAAUUUUGACCGAAAAUAAAUCUGAAGAUCCAUUCAAUAAUACCAUUUUGAGCAAUGAAAUGAACGACCCCGAUGGUUUAAUUUCUGAUACAGAAGUUAUUCCUUUUCAACAAGAAAGUCUUAAUAUAUUGUUGCCUUCUCCGGCAACUUCAACUAUUAUCAACAACAUGGAUUCCACAACGUUAUCAGUGAAUUUGCUUUCUGUAUCUACAGCGGCGGUUAACUCACCAUUAUCCCCAUUAUUUGAAGACUUUAAGACGGAUAAUAUAGACGCAAAUCUCAAAAAACAAAUAAAUACAAGCACUCCGAUAAUUUCUACUUCUUCUUCGAUAGAUUUAACAAUAACAGACUUGAAUGUGCCCUCAGUAUCUACAAUAAAUACCGUAAAUUCCCCAUUGCCUCCUAUACCUGAAGAAUCAAUGAAUAGUACUUAUUAUGCAGAUUCAGAAUCAAGCAAUUCUGAAACAGUCGUAUUAAAAAAAUGUAAAAAAAGGAAGUGUACGAAAAGGAAGGACAUAGGCAAGACUCGAAAAGUUCAUAAAAGCUCUUGGGAAGAUAAUAAAAGAAAAUCAUUAAAAAAUUUAGGACUUGGAUACAAAAGUCGAAACGGUAAGAUGAACUCUCCAAAAAAGCUCUUGCCUGCUUGUAACCAAAAAUGUAGGCUUCGCUGUACAAAAAAAAUUAGCGAAACCGUAAGAAAAGAAAUAUUUAAAAAAUUUUGGGGUCUUGGUGAUCGUUUGCGACAAUGGGAGCUAUUAACACGUUUCUGUGAUCAAAUUCAUAAAAGACGUAUGACUACUGAAGGUCACUCAAAUAGAAAGUUCACGCUAAGGUAUUCUUUACCAGAAAACUUACAAAGUGAUAAUAAAAUUAAAGUUUGUCGUACAAUGUUUUUAAGUACGUUUUCUGUUGGUGAAGGUGUGCUACGAUCAGCUCUAAAUAAACUUAGAGAUGGAGAUGGAAUUCUUAUCAAAGGAGAUGACAGAGGACGUCAUCACAAUCAUCGUGUAAUAAUUGAUGAAGAAAUGAAAAGAAGUGUUUGCGAUCAUGUAAAAUCUUUUGCACCCAUUGAAUCCCAUUAUACUCGCAAAGAUUCGUCAAAAUUAUAUUUAGAUAGCACACUUACUUACACUAAAAUGUUUAAAUUAUACAAUGAUUGGAUUGUACUUACUAAUGCAUAUUCUAAUAAAGCAAUGACCGUCAGACAAUAUACAGACAUUGUAAAUGACCAUUUUAACAUCGAAUUUCACCGCCCUAAAAAGGAUCAAUGUGAUGAAUGUAUGGCAUACAAAAACUGCCUAAAACCAGUUGAAGAAACAACUCUUUUAAAAUAUUAUAAUCAUAUAAAAAACAAAGACAUAGCUAGGAGAUUAAAAAAUGAAGACAAAUUACGUGCCAUUAAUUCACUUAAUGAUACCAUUACAGCUGCUUUUGAUUUUCAAAAGGUUUUAUCAACACCUCACGCUGAAACUAGUAUACUAUAUUAUAAACGCAAGCUUUCUGUUUUUAAUUUUACUGUAUUUAAUAUGGGCAAAAAGACUGGUAAAUGUUAUAUGUGGCACGAAGGCAUCGCAAAAAAAGGAGCCAACGAAGUGGCUAGCUGUUUAUACGAUUAUAUCAGAGAUAACUCAGAAAAAGGCAUCAAAUCUUUUUAUUUUUAUUCUGACAAUUGUAGUGGACAAAAUAGAAAUAGAGUUGUGUUUGCUUUUUAUUUGUUUGCCGCCAAAAAAUUUAAUGUCAAUAUAGUCCAUCGAUUUUUGGAAAAAGGACAUACCCAGAAUGAAAAUGAUAGCAUUCAUGCCUUAAUAGAGCGUUGUGCCAAAAAUAAAACUAUAUAUACGCCUGAGCAAUGGUUUACUUUAGUCAGGUGGUCCAAAGAAAGUGGAUCUCCUUAUGAUGUUAGAGAAAUAAUAAGAAAUGACGUACUUAAUUUCAAAAGACUUCUGGAUGGUAAGAACUGGACCAAAAAUGAAAAUAAUAAUAAAAUCUACUGGUCCAAAAUAAGGGAAGUACAAGUAAAUCCUUCAGAGCCUGAAGUGCUGAACUAUAAAAUUAAUUUAGAAGAAACUUCUUACACACGCAUGAUAGUUAGUAGAAGUCAAAAUAGGAGACGGCAAAAUACAAACAAUAUGGAAAUCAUACUUGAACCGGCAUAUGCUGGACCUAUCCCGAUACCUAUUCAAAAAUAUAACGAUUUAAAAUAUCUAUGUGAAAAUUCCAUAAUUCCAAGUCAAUAUCAUAGUUACUUUUAUUCAUUGCAGCCAGGUGAUCAAGACAGCAGUGAAGAAGAUUAA